ACUGAACUGCUGAAGGGGUGGAACUGAAACUAUUUUAUUAUUUUACAAACCAGCAAAUAAUGCUGAUGAAUCUGCAGAAUCAUUUUCAAUAAGGGAAGCUGGUUAACCUGUUUCACAAUUAAUAAUUCCUGUUUUCAUGAACAUCUCUUCAAGGUUUUUGUAAGACAUUUUUUAAGGCAGCUAGGCAGGGUGAAGCAAAACCACUCGUCUUCUAAACUAAAGGGAAGUGUGUAAGAAAGCAUUUCUGUCACACUGAUUCAGCCAUGAAUCUGAUCUUGUGGGGGAUUGUGCUCUUCGGGAUCUAUGUCCCACAGUCAGUUUCACAGAUGGUGGACUGUUUUUCAUCAUUUACCUUGUCCCGUGGGAAAUGUAGUGGUCUUUUGGGUCAAGUUCAAAAAGACAAGUGUUGCUUGAACACCAACUACGGCUACCAAGAAGCAGAUGGCAUUUGUAAGUCCUGUGGGCGGCCGACGUGGUCUGAAUGGUCUAGCUGGGGCGAGUGUACGGUGAGUUGUAGAGAGGGUGUCACCCAAAGGCGACGGUCUUGUUAUGGCAUUGGUGAUUGUGCAGACCCUGAAAAUCUAGGAACGCUUCAAACUAAACCAUGCGUGAAAAGACCUUGCUGUCCAGUGGAAGGUGGCUGGUCAGAGUGGGGGAACUGGCAGUUGUGUUCAGUCACAUGUGGCGAUGGAAUGAAAAAGAGGACAAGAACAUGCUCUGAACCCAUUCCAGAAUGUGGGGGCUCCUGCAGCGGGGCAGCGGAAGAAGCCACCAACUGCUCCACUGAAAUAAUCUGUCCGACUCACGGCGGGUGGUCGAGUUGGGGAAGAUGGGGUCCCUGCCCAGUUACUUGUCUUAAAGAAGGACGCAAUCCUGAAAAAGAGGUUCGUACAAGGACAUGCACCAACCCUCUUCCAUCUGUGGUGCCACGUGGCAAUAACUGCGAAGGCUCCAACACGGACACCCGCCCUUGCAGCGGACUACCUUUCUGCCCAGACGAUGGAAACUGGGGCGCCUGGACAGGUUCCACGCCCUGCUCUGUGACGUGUGGAGUGGGCCAGCAGACUCAAAGACGGAAGUGUGAUUCUCCUAAACCCGCACACGGUGGAAGACAGUGUCGAGGUGAAGACCAAAAAACUGGUGUCUGCGUCGUUGACGUGCCCUGUCCAGUUAAUGGGAUAUGGUCCGAAUGGGAAGAGUGGAGUAAAUGUAAACAACCUUCAACUAAAACCAUUAGAUGUGCGAACAGAGAGGGAACCCGAAGGAGAUUGAGAGACUGUAUUGAAAGAAAACACGAUGGAGCCCACUGUGAAGGAGAGAUUGUUCAACAUAGCAACUGCUAUGACAUUAACAACUGUCCAAUGCAGGGCGUUUUAACAGAGUGGAGUGAGUGGAGUUAUUGCAAACCUGACUGUGGGCAAGACUCUGAACAAACCAGAGAAAGAGUCUGUGUCGCUGACAUCUCUAAAUACCGGUUCCAAGACCGCAGUCUUUUUACAGGGUUUGCAAUAAUUAACUGUACAAAUCUGGAAAACGACAUAGAAAGAAAACCAUGUCACAAUGUUCCUGAGUGCAACAAUAAGGAAUGAAAAGAGGACCAGCUGCUUUACACAGUUACCAGCAACUGGAAGGACCUUAACAUGCCAAGCUGUUCUAUAAUGAAAUGUGAUAUUAACCAAAAAACGCUUGCUUUAUUAGCCUUUGUGACAUGAAUCGGAUUGACUGUUGAUUGAUGCACACCUCUGUAAGCUGCUUUGCUGCCACAAUAAAGUUGUAAAGUAAAAUAAA